GCUACCAACACAAAACGCAUAGCGAACGACUUUGUUUAUGAUCAGAAGAAUAUUUUUUGCCACCCUUUAAAUUUCACAAUCGGCUGAUAACGACAGUCAAUUAAUUUAAUUUUUCACGAUGGCAGAGAAAAAGAAGGCUCUAUUCAUCUGCCUAGGUAACAUUUGCCGCUCCCCGAUAGCAGAAGCCGUAUUCCUGAAAACGAUAAACGAUGCCGGCAUAUCUGCCAACUGGGAAGUGGACAGUGCAGCUAUUGGUGGUUGGCACGUAGGCAAUCAACCAGACCAUAGAGCCUUGUCGACAAUGAAGAAGCACAAUCUGCCGUAUGAUAACCGGGCAAGGCAAUUAGGGACAAAAGACUUUGAACACUACGAUUACAUAUUCGGCAUGGAUAAGGAAAAUAUGACCGACCUGAAGCAAAUGGCUCCCUAUAAAUCCAAAGCAAAACUGCUGCUACUGGGAGACUACGACACGGAGGCCCCGGGAAAAAUCAUUCGUGAUCCGUACUACGACCAGGGAUCCGAUGGCUUCGAGCAAUGCUACGUGCAGUGUGUGCGCUGUUGCAAGGGUUUCCUCGAGAAAGUUGAAAAAGGUGAAAUUUAAGAAUAAAUACCUAACAACUACAAACAACGUCGUUAAAUAUGAAAAAAAUGUUGUUCAU